AUGCCCGGAACGGUUGGCGAAUUUGACAGUUGGAUCAUGGACUUCAAGUCGGUCGCGCAAGGAUCAUCGAUACGAAAACGACGAUCAACGACGUCCUUGCCACACUCCUCCUCGCGAUCGCCCACCCGUCACUCGAGAGCUUCAAGCAACGUUCACCGACGAACAACGCACGCAACGAACUCUCCCUGA